AUGAUCAGGAAGUUUACUUGUAUGCUACUCCAGGGUUUAGCAACGAUUCACGAACAUGGAUAUGUUCACUGUGAUCUUAAACCAGAUAACAUUCUGGUUUUCCCGAAGAAUGACGCGUGGAAUCGGUCUUACGAGUUAAAGAUAUCGGAUUUCGGAUUGUCGGAGAGAGAUGGAGACAGUGACUGGUGGAGCCCUUCUCGUCCGUUUGCCGGAACACCAAUUUACAUGUCUCCCGAGUCAGUUUCUCACGGCGAGACAGGGAGAGGGCUUGAUUUGUGGUCACUGGGCUGUGUUGUCUUAGAGAUGUAUACAGGGAAGAGGCCGUGGUGGCACAAGAACUACGACUUGGAAGAUCUCAAGAACUGUUACGAGCCAUUGAUCCCCAGCGAUCUUCCUUGUGAUGCGAAGCUCUUUCUCAUGACAUGCUUUGCGCCGGAGCCGGAAGAGAGAAAAGACGCGUUGACGUUGUUGAGAUACAGUUUCUUGCGCGGAUUUGUCAACAAGAUCAGAGAGCCUCCGGUGAUUGUGAAGAAGGAGAAACAGAGAGAUUUUGCUCAGGAAUUGAGAUUGGAGGAUAUUGUAAAGAGGCUUAAGGAACUUAGGAGUAUGCGUGUAACUGAAGUUAGGCCUAGCAAGACUAUCGAGACCUAA